AUGGCUCGGAAGAGAAAUUCACUACCCUUAAACGAUCUGCCAGAUAACAUACUGUGUUUGAUUCUCGGUAAAAUCCCUUUGAAAGAAGCAGUGCGGUGUUCUGUUGUCUCCAAAAAGUGGAGAUUCUUUUGGACAUUCAGAAAAAACCUAAAAUUUGCAGGAGAUUUGUUCUCUUCGUCAAGUAGUGUCAGUCAAAUUGAAAAUAGAAUAGACCGUAUUCUCAAGCUUCAUUCUGGUCAGCUUGAAGUUUUAGAGGUCAACAAUGCUCGAUUGUGUUGUACAAGUCAGAAGAUUUCGGAUUGGAUUCACCAAGUUGCUUGUAAAGGUUUACAGGAGAUUAAGAUGGAAGGGAAGGUUUUAGAAAUUUCUGAAAUUGUUCCCACAGCCAUUUUUUUAUGUCAAAGCCUCAGAUCUGUGACUCUGAGGAAUUUCGUCCUGACAAACCUGCCUGAUGGGUUUGGUGGCUUCACUGAGCUGAAAGCAUUGAAUCUUUAUAAAGUUCAACUGAAUGACAAGAUCAUUGAGCUCAUGCUGCAAUUGUGUCCAGGUUUGGAAGUUUUAAAUCUUCAUAUUUGCAAUGGAUUUGAGAGAUUGAAGAUAUGUUCCCAGAAUCUCGUUGCUCUCUCUAUUUCCUCUGAAAUCAAAGCAAUAACAGCAAACUGCCCGCGAUUAUUGAGCCUUAUUACAUUGCUUGGUGACAAUGAGACCCUUAAUAUAUUGCUUGGUAGGAUGGAAAUAAAAUUGGAUUUGCCAGUAUGUUUAAGCCUAUGUACAAAUACACCACUUGAACCAUUUGCAGGUUUAAGAACACUGAGAAGAAUCACCUCUUUGAGAGGGAUUGUCUGGUCCAGUCUAAAGAUUCUAACAGAAUUUCCAGAUUUGGAAGAAAUGUGUAUAAACAAAUGUCACUACUGGAGCGGAGACUUCAGUGGGCAUGAUGAUGAGGUACUUAUACAGCUGGAGAAUCUAAAGAGGGUUCAUCUGAACAUAACCAACUUUAAUGACCCCGUGCCUCUACUUACCUGUCUUUUUCGAAUAGCUCCUGCUCUGAAAACUUUAUUAGUUGCCCGAAAGAAAGGAUUCGAUGGUCCUAAUGCUAUGCGAUAUAUCAACCUGGUGAUGAAUCUACAGAAACCAUCAACAGAAACCAAAAUUUUCUUAUCACGGAAUACCGCGGAUGAAGAGCGAUGCAUCGACUGCAAUCUUGUGUUUAAAAGUUUCUGA